AAAAUAUUGAAAGCAUGAGUGGUAUGCAAGAGCCUGAAACUAGCUAGAAUCCAAGAUGGCGGAUCGAGACGAAAUGGACGAAUACACCAACACAAAGCGGGUUCGUUUGUCAUCUGACGCUUCUCUCGAUCAAAAUAUUAGCUAUAGUGAUGAUAAAGAUAAAUUUGAACCAGAAAAAGAUUUCAGAUUGCAGUUCACGGCAACUGGAGAAGGUGAUAAUUCGAAAAAGCCGUCGUCUGAGUCUACGUCACGUGAACAACAUGUCGGCCACGGAGGACAAGAAAGACGUCAAAUUGACGACUUUCCGACUUGUUUCAGCGUAGAAGAAGGCUUAGAUGAUAUUGAUGAACAUCAUUAUCAGCCUGUUGCCGGUAAUUAUAAUUUAUUUGCUCUUGAAUACCCGCAAAUUAUUACAUCAACACGGUUUUUGUAUCCGCCAUUUUGUUUUUGUUCGUCGGUUUCAAAUGGUCGCUUUGAAAUUUCACUUCUCAAAUCAAAACUUGCUUUUCCUCGAAAAAGCAUGCUAAUCUGGGCGCUAUUGGGAAACCGAAACCCUUGAUUGUGGUAGUUAAUAAAUUUUCUUCACCCUCUGUCCCCUCCAUAAUGAAUACAGCAAAUUUGCACAAAUUUGUACGGUCUUAAGAAAGGAUUUGCACUUAUAGUUAUAUUGAUCUUUGACAAAGAGUUGUGUCUGAUCACAAACAAGAACAAAGAAUUUCAUUGUUAUCAAUUUCAUGGUGAAGCCUGGUUACCAACUCAAUAUACAUAGCUAAGCUUCUUAACCUAUUUUUGUAUUUAUUAACUUGUUUAAAAAGUACUAUUCUUAAAAACAUAUCUUAGUUACAUUUUAGUGUCAACAGAUCCUAUUGUAUUUAAUUAGGCAGGUCCACAUCAGCCUUUCACUGACUUUUAUUGACCUGUGUUGACAAAAAAUGUUUUGUGUAUGUAUUGAAAUCACUUUUGUGACUUGGAAUGGUGUUAGAACUUAUCCAUGACAAUCCAUGACAUUUAAUUUCCCAUUUCAAUGAAAACAGAUAACAAAAUUAUACUUAUGGCAAUAUACCUUGCUUGUGUAACAGAUUCGAGACUGACUUUGAGACUUGAGGUUUCUACCUGGGGGUGUAUUAAGAUUCAAAUUUGGUCUUUCCUAACGAUUAUCAUUCCUGGUAUUUGCUAUAUUAGGUCCCAUGGGAUGGAUUGAACAGCAGAUGAGUCAUGAUGUUAAUCCAGAGGAUAUUCUUACCUACAUGAUACCCCAUGCUCAAUUGGUAAAACUAUUUUGCUUAUACUUAACAACUUUUUGGCAUGAAUUUCCCAUGGGAUGUGUAUGUUUCAUUAACUGCUCAAAAAUUAAAAAAAAAAAACCCACUUAAACUUGCACCAACAUUCCUAUCCUUCUUCUUACAGUUAUAAGUCUUUUCAGUUUGUAUCUUCAGUGAAAAUUAAGAUAGUAAUUAAAAAAAAACUUUUUUGAGACCUUGUUAUGAAUUUAUUGGCAUUUCAGUGGUUUUUAUACAGGUAUGUGGUGAAUCAACAUAGAUAGUAGAGAUGGAAAAUGAAUACCACUGUGCUGGUGGUAAGAGGCAAGAUGAUGAGAUUUGGCCUUGUGGUUUUCUCUCAGCUAUUUUGCAAGUUAUUUUAUAACAGACUAUUUGAGGUGACUGGUCAGAUACAGCUCUAUAUACUUGUAGCACAAAAUUGGUCUAAAAAAUUGAAUUGAAUAUGAAAUGUCCUUCAUUGUCUCUGGUUCAGUGGUCUUUAUUGUUUUCAAUGACAUUUUCUUCAUUUAAGCCUCCCAACCUCGAUAAAACAACUUUAUGGAAGAUUAUCAUUGACAUUCUUACUGAGCCCUCUCCAAGACAAAAGCUUGACCAUUUUAAUACUCUUGAUGAUGUUGUGGAACUUCUCAAAGGAUCAAAGAACAUAGUUGUUUUAACUGGAGCUGGGGUAUGUAGCUUUUCUCUCAGUAGAAUACAUUACUCUUACUAGUAUUAUAUAUUUUUUUCAAUUCUUAUACCUGUGUGCAACAACAAUAUUCAGUUAAUAAUUGUAUAUAGUUAGAGGUGAAAUAUGAUGAAAAAUAACUGACCAGUUGAGUUCUCAUGCAUGCCAACUUGGAAGCUGUUUGCAGAAUAGCCAUAUAGUGCUUCUUUAUGAUGAAGUAUGCAAAUUUACCCUCUCAAGAGAAUCACAAGGUUAAACCAUUUACUGUAUCUGUAUGUUUAUUUUUGUGCCACAAAACCCACGGAUAUUGUUUGCAAAAUAACUUAAACUGGUUAAGGUGACUUCACACUCUCACUGAGUCAUCCCCUUUUGUACUAACACUUCAAAAAUCAAUCAUUGAAUCCUCAUUGGUUGCAUAGUUUGAAGUUCAUUUGUUUUUACCUAGGUUUGGGAUUUAAUUGACGUAGAAUCCAGUAACUUUUUGCGCAAAUUAUCAGAUUUACUGUCUGCAUUGUUUAUGAUAAACUGGAUAUGUCGUAUGAUUACAUUGCAGGUAUCAGUGUCCUGUGGUAUUCCAGACUUUCGCUCUCGAGAUGGUAUCUAUGCUAAAUUAAGUGUUGAAUACCCUGACCUUCCAGACCCUCAGGCAAUGUUUGACAUUUCAUACUUCUGUCAGAAUCCACGACCAUUUUACAAGUUUGCAAAAGUAAGUUGCUCGUUGUAAAUGUACUUUGUAAUGAACAGUAUAAGAACAGUCCAUUAAUUCAUUAAAUUAGAUGAGAGUUUGUCCCAGUUUCUGUAAUCUAAUGACUCAUACAGGUAGGCAUGGAUGGAUGUAGUCAGGAGUCUGUCAUCUUCCCUUUACACAGUGUACAAAUGUACUAUAUACCAUUUAAUCCAAACACUUAUAAUACAGUGUAACAGUUCCAACAGUAAAUCCAUCUUUGCUUGUUAUGAAUCAAGGCAAAUGAAAGUUUCUGUUUGGAAAGUUGGCUCAUUGUUUAGGACCUGAUUGGACCAGAAAAUUGUCAAUUUCACUAGGCCUAGCUAUUUUCAAUAUUGUAACAGCAAACAUUUAAUGAGAAUGACAGUUUCUUGCUCCACCUUAUUUCUUUUGUUUAUUUAACUUACUUCUUGUAGUGAGAAUCGCUCACAAUUCCCUUUUUACCCCUUUAACUCCCAGGAGUGAUUAACAUGUAACUUCUCUGUAUGGUAUCUAUACAUAAUCCCACAAAUGGGUAAAGAGAAUACUCAAACUUAUCAGGUAGUAGUUGUUAUCAGACUUGGGAAUUAAAGGGUUAAGAAUGAAUUAAAAGUUACAAAACUUGUGCACUCUGUUUCAAACAAAGACUGCAUUGUUUUAAACAUCAUGAUCCUCCACCUUUAAGAAACAGGAACUGCUUUCAUUGCAGGAUGAUAUACUUAUCAUUUCCCACUUGUGUUUUAUAGCAACCACCACCCACUUUUCUGAAAUUAGAUUGCAAGUUAUUUGGGGAAUACAUGAUGGACUUUCAUUUAAGCUCAAUUUUGAAUAAUACAUAAUUUGUGGAGGAGUGUGUGUUAUUGCAAACCACCACAAAUGCUAUGUAUUUUUUUUGUUUGCUUGUUAACUUUUGAUGCAUUAUUUUUACCCUAGGAAAUAUAUCCAGGAAAAUUUAAACCUUCCCGUAGUCACAGAUUUAUCAGGCAGCUAGAAUUGAAUGGCCAACUUUUGAAGAAUUAUACCCAGAAUAUCGACACUCUGGAACAGAUUGCUGGCAUAUCAAGGGUCAUACAAUGUCAUGGUUAGCUAUAAGAGUGUGAUUGGUAAAGCAGGGUAAAACAUUUGGAGAUUAGAUGAGAAAAAAUCAAAAGUAACAUAUGUCCCAAUUUUCUAGUCCCUAAGUAACCCUUUUAACAUCAAAUUUACUCACAGGCUAGAUUUUUCUUCCACUUUGAAUUCUUUUUAACUUGAGGUUUUCUAGACAUUGUCAAGUAUUUUUGAAAGAAGCAAAUGCUGGACAGGGCCUAUUUCUACAGGACAACAUAUAAUUUGUAGUGUGUAAAUAGUUAAUUUACUGUGUAGAACAAGAAGAUGCAAAUAGAUCUGCACAUGCAACUAAAUAACAUGGCUGUCCAAGCUUUUCCUUUGCAUAAAGUGAUUAGGGGUGGAAUGACAUUCUUUCAAAAAACAAUGCCUCAGUAAUUUGUGGGGUCUCACUAAUAAUGUGCUCACACCCUGUACACUCAUUGUCGACAAAAUAUGCAUUAAGUGAAUUUUUUUGUCCACUACAACAACUCAGUUACUUUUCUGUGGCCUAAAGAUGUUGUGCCUUUCUGCUGUCCAGUAGGCAUAUCAUAACUAUCUGUAAGCUCUACCACUUGUGUACACACAGGCAGAGAACUGAAAUUUUCUGUUAUUAAUACUUCAGUGAUUUUUGGAACAUAAUGUGAUAAAUUACACUGUAACCACAGGGUCAUUUUCUACUGCAUCAUGUACAAAUUGCAAGUACCAGGUUUCUUGUGAGGCCAUAGGAGAUGAUAUUUUUAACCAGGUUUGUUUAUUUCUAUUGUUUUGUUGAAAGAAAUUCUCAUAGUAAUUUUGUUGUAAACGGGCAGCAUUUUCUAAUACAUGACACACAAUUCAAAAGGAGAAAAAUAAUUUUUUUACAUGGCUUUUACUGAAACUUGGUUUGCCCCAACUGAAGCCUAUUUGAAGGCAAUUUUUUGUAAAGUGUUAGACUAUGAGCAGUCCUUCCUUUUCGGCUACGUCCAAAAUUGAUUUUAACAUUCUACAGGGAGCUCUUGUUGUGAUGCCAAUGUGUCCCUGAAGCUCUAUAGGUGAGGGACUCAAAACUGACUCAUGGAGCUCCCAUGGUGCAUUGAUGACAUCUAAGAGCUCCUCUCAAUUUUUUUUCCUCUGAUUUUUCUUUUGACUCAGCAACAGACCUGGCCAAAAUGGAGGGACUGCUUGUAGUCCAGUACAAUGUACUGGAUGAUUCAAACCCUGCUUGUGCUUUGCUAAUAAUUAUGAAUUAAUAGGUGACGCUCUCUCAGAAAGCUUUUCUCAACCUGCUCAGUUACUUGGAUGUAACAGAAAGCAGCUUGUAGUUCUUCUAAUGUGGACUCCUACAUGUAUCACUCCAAACUGCGAGAAUGUACUAAAAAGCAGCAGUCUGAAUUUGAAAUUCAACAGAGACUAAUGUUGCACAAACUCAGCUCAAAUGAAACCAGUCAAUAUUUUUCUGUUUUGCACUCAUCAUUUGAUGGACUGGAUCUAAAAAUGUUAGGACCUUUUGUUUAAAUUUUCUGAUAGGAUUGAUUUUCUUUGUUUUGUUGUAACCCUUGAUUCCCAGCUUUGAAAGAUGGUAUAAUGUUGUUGGUUAUACCACUUGUUUUUGAUGUUUAUUUGUCACCUCUAGGCAUAGUCAUGAUGAUAGAGUUUUAAUGUAAUUUUUUCAGGUCAUUCCUCUCUGCCCAAAGUGCCCUCAAGAUGGAAGCUGUUUUGCUAUCAUGAAACCUGGUAUCCUUUGAACAUUUCAGCAAAACUGUAUUUGACAGAUUUGCACAUUAAUAGGAAGUUGCAUAUACAUUUUUAUAUCAACAAAAGUGUGUUAGAAAUCUGAAUAGUACUUCACUUUUAAAAUUCAUAUGAAACUACGUCUGGAAUGGACCAAAGAAGAACAUUUUCCUCAUUCUUAAUAUCCAGGAUAUUGAUGACAUCUUCCAUUUUUGCACAACUGUUUGUUAGAUCAGUAACAAGCAAUGCAUUUAUGUUCCGUGUAUUGUUCAAUGCUUUGCUUUCAGUAAACCUGAAUUGAUGCUAUCUGGGGCAAUUAAGAUCUUGCCUCCAAAAGAUCCUAAUAUUUAUUAGGAUGUAACUUUUAAGGGCUUAGAGUAAGGUUGAAUUUUACCCCUUCAGUGUUGUGAACCUUGCUGUGGAACAUUUGCAUGCUCUUUACGAGAAUUACACGAAUCUGAUUAAUUCAUACACUGCAGGUGCCACGGUGAAUGUUUGUUUCAGAAGUGAUUAGGCUAAAAGUAAUAGUGAAUGAGUUAACUUUUGCUCAUGAGUAUAGUUUUCAGAAAGUUACAGGUCUCUUGACUUGAGUAUUUUAGAUAUAGUAUUCUUUGGCGAGAGUCUUCCCUCUGAGUUCUAUCACAACUUGGAUGAGGAUUCAGAAAAGGUAUUUAUAUGUAAAAUGAUGGGUUAGUGUUUUUUGUGCAGAAUAUCACCUCAUUUGUUUGUGGUAAUAUUAGUGAACUACCUUCUGCGAUCAGAAGGUGGAGUUAAUUGUGCUCUGUCUAUUAUAGCGAUCCCCCGAUAAACAUCUCAUAUACAUAAACAAUAGCCUUCACUUAGCUCGAAAAUAUGCUUGCAUAUUUAUUUGUGGACAUUAUGUGUUGCAAGAAGCAAACUGUUUUCCGGAAGAGAAACUCGUGGAAAGCUAUGAAACCUGGCCUAAGUGAGCAGAGUUGAAGUUUCUUGUGUCACUGUUCUGUUCUGUUGUAGGCUGAUCUUCUGAUAGUCAUUGGAUCGUCCUUAAAAGUUCGACCAGUUGCUCUGAUUCCAAGUAAGUUUUUGUACAAUUUAUCUGGUCUUGUAUAUUUAUUGUUGACUUAAUCGGAAGCCGGUGUAAGCGUAGGAUUCCGUCCACGAAAAAAAGGAAAUUAAUUGAGGGUUAAUUGUCUUUUUCCUUCUUAUUAACCGCUCACGAUUCCGUCCACAAAAUGAGGAAAUUGAUUGAGGGAUAACAGACUUUUCCUCCCUUUAAACCGCUCCCAGUUAAGUAUUUGAUAAACCAUAAUGUGUCUUGUAACGGCUCUUAGUUGUUGAUGCUGACGAUUUGUUUUUCAUGUGCAAAGCGGUAUUGCUUCCCAUUGAUUUCAUUGUUAUAGAGAGCAGGAUCGCAUCAACUGUAUAUUUUAGUGCACAGUAGUGGCGUUUGUGCUAUGAGAUGAAACCUUGAAUUAAAACGAUAGAAAUUUUAAUGAUGUAUGAAUUUCUAUCACUUAGUUAAUGGUAGUUUUGUUUACCUUUGGCGCUGCUCACUAUAGGUCACGUGUCACCUGAGGUUCCACAGGUGCUUAUCAACAGAGAGCCGCUUAGACAUCUGACAUUUGAUGUCGAGUUACUGGGCGACUGUGACGUCAUCAUCUCCGAGCUUUGUCAGCGGCUGGGCGGGACUUGGAGCGGUUUGUCAGAUGAUUUGGAAAUUCCUUGUGUGAAAAGAUUGCGAUCUUUGCCAGCGAAGCUGACCUCAGAUGAGGAACGUAUCGAAGAGAGGGGUCACUCGUUGGGAGAGAAAGAAACUUCUGAGGUAAGUAGAAUGGAUAGGUGUUAGGGCGUUUUUGUUUGCGUGCUAAAGAAUAACAAACAACAACAACAAAAACAGAAUCAAAGUAACCAGGAAGACCAAUUACAGGAAGUAUUAUUCCAAGGAGGCAACAAGAACUCAGAUUAAACAACUGUCUCAUUUACGAGAAAUUGGGAGUGGCUAAGCUGCGAUCGGUUUUAGUUUUCUUGAGCAAUAAAUGAAGCAAGCCCAGUACAAUCCCGGAGUGCCUUUGCUCUACAAAGACCGGCUGGUCACGUGACAAAUUAUCGGUAAACUUGCUGCUAAAAUUUGAUGAAGUACAAAAAUAGAAAGACUGUGGUGAUUCAUACCAGUCGAUACCGGCCUAAUCAUCGAGUUUACAGGGAAAAAAGAAGUCACGUGAUCAACCCUUUUGAAAAUUGCUCGAACAAGAUUGCUACAAAUUGUAUUGUUUGUUCUUAUCAGCAGAAGCGGUUUCGUUUAAUGGUUGCCUUUUCUUCAACCAACUCAUUCAGUUUUGAGUUGGUGCUGCUAGUACAAUUCAAAUUCGCGGAAAUACCCCUUAGGCAAUUUUCCUCUCCCUUAACCCCCCCCCCCCCCCCAUUUCUGUUUCUAACCUUACUUGAAUCAGUUUUCCCUGAUGAUGGUUUCAAGUUAAAACUAAAGCAUUGAUUGAUUACCAGACCAUUGGCCGUCUUUUUUAGACGAAAUGUUGAUUUUUAUACACUGCAGAAUGUACCAAACAAUGAAGACAUAUUGCCCGAUGAAACGCAAGUGCGAGAUACUGUAAGUACACCCAAUCAACUUGACGGUCACGUGACUGUUGGUGAGAGUAGUGGCUGUAGUGACACUGGUAACGAGUUAAACCGAGAGCACCCGAGAGCUUCAGCUAGUGGAGAAGAAAAUAAACAUCCUACAAACAACGACACAAAAUGUGAAGAAGGUAUAUUUUAUAUGCUCUUUAUAGUUUUUUAGUCUUCUAGGGAAGAUCCAUGAAACUUAACACAUAGCAGCAGUGAAAAGAACCGGAUCGACUGUCCUCUGACCUAAUAUAGAUUAACCGGGAGUAGUAGAAACUCCCUCAUAUUGAGUUUUUUAAUUUUUGUUUAUUUUCAUAACUCAUCAUUUCCAGAUUUUCCCCGGUUCAUAUUUAAACCGCCCAGCCGUUAUAUUUUCUACGGUGCCGAAUUGAUGGACUCGCCAUUCCCUCUCCCCCCCUCCCCUCAAGAAACAUGACGAGCUUCUUAGAUAGUACAAGUGAGGAAAGUGACAGCGACAGUGUGGGAGAAAUCGAUGAUAACGAAGCUGGUGGCGAUCAGUUGGAUGGAGUGAUCGAGGAUGUGAUAGGAGUUAAAAAAAGUAUUGACAAUGGCCACCAGACAACAGCAAACAAUGGCAUGUCACCGAUUAAUCACAGCGUUGAAAGCGAAAAUAACAGCGACGACGGUUUUGGAGAAGGUGAUGUAGAGAAGGCACUGGAGACCAGCAACAGUGACGUGACCAAACAAACCUUGUCUUUAAUCCUAGGUGGCUUGAGUAGCUACACAUGCGCAAGCGAAGAGAAUAGUCGAUUGUCAGCUGGAUCUGAUGAUCCGGCGUCUGCGGGCUCAGGUGAUUCUUGCUGCUUGUUGAAAGCGGCGGAGACGCUGUUGACCGACCGCCCCUUCAGUGUGGUUACCAUGGGAACA